UUUUGAGGAGCCACAGUUAUUACCAACUUACUAUCAGCUAUUCCUUACUUUAGAACCAGAAUUGUACAAUGACUUUGAGGAGGAUUUGUCGUAGAUAAUGCAACAUUAACGCGAUUCUUUACUUUACAUUUCAUCAUACCUUUCGUAGUAUUAGCUCUAGUAAUUAUUCAUUUAUUAUGCCUACACCAAACAGGAUCAAACAAUCCUUUAGGAUUAAACAGAAAUGUAGAUAAAUUGCCAUUCCGUCCUUAUUAUUCACUAAAAGAUUUAGUAGGAUUUAUUUUAACCGUUAUCGUCUUAAUAAUAAUUCUUAUCAGCACCUUACUUGGAGACACAGAAAAUUUUACUCCAGCCAACCCUUUAGUAACUCCAGUUCAUAUUCAACUGGAAUGAUAAUUUCUAUUUGCAUACGCAAUUCAACGAGUCCUAGCCCUAGUUCUAUCUAUUGCUAUUUUAUUGAUUUUACCAUUCACUAGCAAAAUAAAAAUAAUAUCAAAUCAAUUUUAUCUACUUAAUAAAAUUCUAUUUUGA